AUGAGGACUGCGGUCCUGUGGGGCCUGUUGGUCCUUCUGUGUCAGCACACACUGGUUAACAGUCAUGUACUGGGAAGGCCCUCCUCUACCACUGACCUGGCUCAACUGAAGUCUUUACUGGAGCAUUUUGAGGAGACUCUGGUUGAAGCAGCCCAGGAGGAGGCCUCUGAAGCUGACUACGCAGGGACAAACCAAGAACCUGAGCGCAGUCAGACCACUCGAGGAUGGAGCCUCGACCAAGAGGGGUACCAAGAACCUUUGAUACCAGACAGAUCUCAACCAGUCACUGAGGGCCAGAGCAGAGCCAUGAGCCAGAGGAGCCGCCUGCAGGACCUGCUGCUGACUGCCAGGAAACGGGCCUCUGGCUGCUUUGGAGCAAGGAUGGAUCGAAUAGGAAAUGCCAGUGGUCUGGGAUGCAACAAUGGAAGAGGUCAGAAUGGCAGAAAGAAAUCAGAUGAAGUUUAG